UCAGCACCACCGCCGCGGACAGCGCCUCUCGGGCAUCCCCGCGGCGCUAGAGGGGGUGUGCGGAGGGGGGUGGAGGUUCCAGCCCGGGGUAUAAGGCGGAGGGGGAGAGGCUGUAGCCGGAGCAGCCGGAUCCAGUCUCCCCCCGGCUGCAGCAUGGAGAGCCCUAGGAGAGCGGGGGGGAGGUGAUGCACAAAGGAUCCAGGUGGGGCACGAAUCCCCCUCGGCAGAGGCAGAGCUGAGGCAGCCGCAGUAGUCGCUGGGCAGCACAUCCCAGCCCCUAGCCCCACGCACCACCCCCCCCUUUCCUUCCUCUGCUGUAGGACCCGCGGCGAAGACAUCUGGGCAGGGCGCAAAGAGUGGCUGAGCCCAGGUAAAGUUUCCCAGGCUUGUGGGGCUGGGCGAGGAGGGGAAGGAGCCUCCCACGCGCGGGGCGGGUCCGCUGUGGAUGUGCUGCUAGUGGAUCGCGGGUCCCUGGGGCUUCCCCGCGGCUCUUCUGCGGCGAUCCGGAGCGUCUGGGUAGCAGCGUCGACCAGGGAUCCUGCCGCCUCCCACUCAAGCCCAGGAAAUUCAAGGCACCGCAAGCCCAGAGAUCGUCUCGCCAAAGCCAUGUGUAUCCAGUAAGGCGCGAGGUCCCUUGGGUGACGGGGAUCAACAUGUUCAGUGAAAAAAGCAGCACCUCUUUGUCCCAGAAACCUAGCCAGAAAAAGACCAGGCCUCAGGGGCUUCCAUCUCCCGCGCUCUGCUGCGCCUGUGGACUUUGCAUCAUGUUAGCUGGGAUCAACAUCACCCUGGUGGGAGCCUUCGCGUUUGGGACCUUCCUCCCCGUGAACAACCCGCCCAUCAUCAUAGGGCCCAUCCUGCUGGUGGUGGCGUUCACGUUCUUCGGGGCCUGCUGCAUCUGCAGCCGGAGGCCGCCCGCCCACGGGGCGAGGAAAUCCAAGCCGGGCUCCAACAUGGGGCUCAUCAAACCGGGCCACACGGCCUUCGAGAUCGAAACCAGCGAACACACGGUGCAGGACACCACGGCCGUGCAGCUGAGCCCAACCAACUCUCCGGUGUCCUCCAAAAAGUCCACGCCCGUCCACGAGACCAACAAGACCUGCAAACUCUUCACGAUGGACGGCAAUGGGCCCGCGGCCAAGUAUACAGCUGGAGGGGAGUCCAUCCAGCUGAACUUGCCCAGAGACUUUAUCACAUCCUGAGUCAUGGAGAGUGGUUAUUAGCAGCCUGGUGGGCGCUGCCGAUGGGUGUGGCCGUGAUCAGAUGGCUACAGCCGUUAGGAGGCAGCAAACCUAUGAAAUCCACUUUUGUGUGGCCCGCCAGGGCAUUGGCCUCUUAAAAACCUGUUAAGAAAGGAGAGGGAUGACACGGGAAUUGGAAAUGGUGGUAGGCAAGUCCAGCUUCUUUCUGGAACGGGUGCAUUUAUUUCAUGUGUUGGGGAAUAACACUGUAACGAGGAAUCGAUAUUGCCCAGCAGCUGGGAAAUCAGAGGGGGUUUUUUGAUUAAUUAAUUUCUCGAGUGAAUUUUUUACACAAGUAACACGGUGAUUAGACUUCAGCGCAGGCAAAUUGCAGGCCUUUCUUUAUAUAACAUAAUACAAAUGACAAUGCAGUAAUUAGAAAUUGAGCCUGCCCAGUCACUGGGAAAUCACAGUGCUUUGGGACUGGGCUUUUGGUAGUUUGAGGAAGAAUGAUUUUUUUUCUCCUGCGUAGUUCAGAUUUGGGUUUCAGUCCUGCUGUCUCACAUAUUGUCUAGCAGCAUCACCAACACUUCCACUGCUUGCUGGGCUCUUAGAAGACGUUGAGGGGCAAAUCAGAGGUAAAUAACAGCAUAGAACACAGAGCCAGGACUGGUGGCUGCAAACAAACUUCAUGGGACUGCGGGAAACUUGGCCACACCCCUAAUAAGUGGCCAAUAUGUGGAAGGUGGAAGGUCAGCAGUAGCUGCGAAUAUAGAGACUGCAGGUGAUUGGUUAGGUCAGGCCUUGUGAAAGGGGCAGCCCAUAGGCCUAGUGGAAAUGGAAAAGAGGUUGCACUGAGCAGUAGAAAUGGAGCGAGAUCAGAUGAUGCACCUGAUGAGGGGGGAGCGUUGAGCCUGGAUUGCACACGUCUAUUCAGAGAUGGUGGGGGGUGGGGGAACCCUUAAUGUCGUUCUCCUUGGAGCUGGGUGGGAAUUUUUCAGUGAAUCGGUUUCAAUUGAAAUGUCGUAAGGAGGGUUUCUCAGGCCAGAGAGGGAAUUCCUGAUGAGGAACGGACCAGAAUUGCCCUCAUCUGGGACACGGGGGAUCCAAGUUUAAAUCUCUGAUUUUGGGACUUGAAACUGGGUUUCCCAUAUCCCAAGCAGGUGCCAUGACCACCAUUACAGGUUAUUCUCUGGGCUAUGUCUGGGUUCUGGUUUCUCCAGCCAGCCCUACUUGCCAGCAGAUUGGUCAACUCAUCUAGAAAGCCCCCAAGGGGAUCAGCAUCUUCUCCCUUUAAGUGAUUAUGAAGCCCACGUAUGUUGUUGUGAGGUGUGUGUGUACAAUAAGGGGGGAAUAAGUUCCCUUAGCAGGGGCAAUAUGAUUCCCUGCGUGGUAAGGCAUUGGAGGCCUUGGCGGGGCAAAGAAUAUUUGCUGGAGGGGAACUUGAACCCAGGGAAAGGAGGAAGUGGUGUCCAUGUUGCAUGUGACACUGAAUGAAAGGAUUCUACCUGCCUCUCGAUGCUCAGGGCUUUCUGGAUUUGGGACUAGGACAUACCUUGUAGCAGGUAGAGAAGCAGAGCUGGGGUACCAACAGCAGCCUCCGGCCAGGUCUCCAUGAGGGCGUUAUUUCGAAAUCGUUCUUUCGGGAGUUAUUAUUUCAAAAGAACAAGCCUUUCACGUCAGAAGAACGGGCUGGGUAGCGUGGACGUGCGCCUGGUUAUUUCGAAGUAACUCUGUCGUGUCGAUGUGCCCGCAAAGACGUCCUUACCCAUGUGCAGCACCUGACAAUUUGGGGCACCCCUGGGUCCACCCUCCCACACAUCUUCCUGUCCCCGUUCUGUGGCUCUGCUUCCUCCAGACAGGCUCGCGUUAAUUUAAAAGUGACAAAGCCGGCCGGAGCUAUUAGCCGUCCAAAAAUAUUUCAUGAGUGUGUUGCUGAAGAUUAUAAAAUGAUACCUCUAAAAAAUCGUCCUCCACCCGCAGCUGCCAUCGGGCAUAGGGGCGCCAGGUUAAUAGCACGGUGUGCGGCCCCGUGAAUCUCAAGGCCACCCUGAGCAGCCUGCUUUCUUCUGACGUACGGUAAAGGGCAGGGGCAGGGAACCUUUUUUGGGUCGGGGGCCACAGACCCACAGAAAAAUCAGUCGGGGGCUGCACAGAAAUGAAGCAAAACAAACACCCCUCACCUCCCUGAUAUGGUCCCUCACACUCCCCCACGUGCCCCCUGUGCAACAGAGCCUAGUGGGGUCCGGGGUAGUAGAUUUUGUGGGGUAAAAGCCCCCAAGCAGCGCUUUCCUGCACCAGCCUGGAG